AUGGCUUUCCUCCUGCGAAGAGCGGUUUUUCUGCUGUUUCUUCACGUCAGCCUGCUCACCUGGAGCGCGUGGGGCAAACUGGAGCUGACUGUAAAUGACAACCUUGAGGUGUAUCUGGGCGACUCGGCAGAGAUCCCUUGCCAUUACAGCUUCACUGAUGCAAACAAUGAGCCCAGCUUUGUCAUGAUCAAGUGGAUCCAGUGGUUUAUGAAAGCUGCAGGAAACAGUUCACGGACACGCAUCUUCUACAGCGAUUUCAGUCAGCAGAUAAUUGAUAGCAACACGGAUUACAGCAGCCGCAUUAAUGUGACCUCAGACCAGAAGGAAACCAGACUCUUAAUUCAGAACGUCCAGCUCUCUGAUGAAAGGGAAUUCAUCUGCCAGGUGAAUGGGAUGGAAGCUGGGAAUGUUCAGGGAAAGACCCACCUCAGAGUGUUUGCUCCUCCCGAGGCCCCAGUAAUCGAAGGUGUUCUUACUGGAAUAUCUGUGACCAACACAGCGCCAUCUAAGGUGGCAUCAUGUGAGGCUCGAAAUGGAUUCCCAAAACCCAACAUCACCUGGUACAGGAAUGGGACGCCACUGAUGCAAAGCCAUGGACAUGUAAACGUGUUGAUUCUCGUCACCCGGGAGUCCAGUGGGUUUUACUCAGUCCAGAGUACGCUGGAGUACAAGGUGAUUAAAGAGGACAAGGACUCGUUUUUCUCCUGCGAGGUCAGCUUCUCUGUCCCAGGAGCCAUCAGGACGAUGGAGUCCCACAGCAUCAACAUCACUGUUCACUACCCCACCACCAUGGUGGAGCUGUGGAAGGAGUCGCCCCAGGGCUUGGUCAAAGAGGGGGAUACUGUGGAGCUACGUUGCCAGGGUGAUGGCAACCCCCCGCCGCCCUUCAUUUUCAGCAGAGAACAAGAGCCAGAUGUGGAGUUGGAGAGCAGCGGUGACGUCUUGAUUCUGCCUUCUGUUUCACGAAAAGACAGCGGCAUCUAUCAGUGUCGACCUCUGGACGCCGUCGGCCACGCUGAGGUCAAAGGAGAAAUUCAGCUCACCGUGCACUAUUUGGACCCAGCAGUUGUCGUGCCCAAAGACUCGGAAGUUAUGCUUAAAGGAGAAGAUCUGGUUGCAACCUGCAAUGCUCUGUCCUCCCUCCCAACAUCAGUAGUCUGGCACAAGGAUGGGGAGCAGGUGGGUCAGGGUAACACGCUCCACCUGCAGGACGCCACCUAUGAAACGAGUGGAGAGUACAUUUGUAAGGUGACCGUCCCCAGCCUGCCCAGCCUGCACACCAGAGGCUUUGUUCACAUCAUAGUCCAAGGUGGUCCCCAGCUGGUGGGUGAGGAGGAGGAGGUGCAGCUGGAGGAGAUGGCUGGCAGGAUGGUGAACCUGAGCUGCGAGGCUAAAGGACAUCCAACACCCAGCAUCUCCUGGAACAUCGUCGGCAGCCAGAACUGGCAGGAAGUGUUGAGCAAAGAGAACGAUCACAUGAGUCACAGCAUGGUGUCGGUCAAAGUCACCUCGGACGUCAGCGCUCUGUGCAACGCUUCCAACGACAUGGGCACUGAAGUCAAGGCUUUCAGGAUCAAAGCCAUUCCCAGGGUCACAACAACUGCUCCCUUCUCUCCCGUUGAAGGCAGCGGUGUGAUCAUAGUGGUGAUCAUACUGUGUCUGCUGCUGCUCGCCUUCCUCGGCAGCGUCUUCUACUUCCUGCACAAGAAGGGAAAGAUCCCCUGUGGACGCUCGGGCAAACAGGAAAUCAGCAAAGAGAAGACCACCAAAGAUGACAUUGUUGUGGAGAUGAAGACCAACGCAAAGAACGAGGAAGCUGUCCUCCUGAAGGCCGUCAACGGAGAGAAGAAAGGUCCUAAUGACCAGGUAACUGUUGUGUAAAACCCUGAUGGUUGAGCAG